AUGACACACGAUAUCUUGAAGCCGCAUUGGUCCCGGUUCCUAGGCCCCGAGUCCCCAGAUCCUCGUGAAUUCAAGUACCAACCUACUAACGAACCAAUAUUCACGUCACCAUACGGUCCCUUUCCGCCUACACCAGAUGAUCUCAACAUCCACGAGCUUUGCUUCCCACCAAAAAAUCCGCUGCCUGAAGACUACCCUCUCAUCAUCAAUGCAGUCACGGAGGAAGUUGUUACUCUUCAUAGCUUCUAUGCUCGAGUCUGCGCACUGGCACGUGUUCUGCGCCAUGACGGACCAAACCCACUAGGCUUAGGUAGAAGCCCUAUCGAUGACACCGAAGAGGGCGAGAUUCUAGCGUUGUUCUCACGAAAUCAUAUCCAUUACCCAAUGGUAGCACAUGCAUGUUUCCGGUCGCAAGUAGUGUUUGGCGGUAUCAGUCCAGCAAGUACACCAUACGAGCUAUGGUGGGUACUCAGAAAGAUGCAGAUAACAAGUAUCAUGUGCCACGAAACAUUACUCCCAGUCCUGAAAGAAGCAAUCAAGCUGGGAUCCGGAGAUGGCGACAAUCUCCCUUUGAAACUCAAACUAAACCCAGCAAAAAUCAUUGUACUAAGCGACAACUCAAACCUCGAUACUGUAUCCGGAUAUCGUACAAUCGAAUCCCUCGUAAAACAAGGCUCCCAGCUCCCCGAGCAGCCACGCAAACUCCACGGCGGAAACCGAAUGGCAUACCUGUUCCAGUCCUCCGGCACCUCUGGCCUCCCAAAGGCAAUGAUGAUAACUCACACGAACGGCCUGCACUCCGGUCUCCAAUCCCUCAUAACCUCUGUCCAAACCGCUCGCUUCACUGGCAAACAACCCCUAACCCCCGUCACCACCUUGGGCGUAAUCCCCAUGUACCACUCGUACGGCAUGAUCGUCUGGAUCCUCCGCAUCAACCUCCUCAAAAACACAACUAUCAUGCUGCCAAAAUGGGACUUGCGCCUCGCCCUGCACAGUAUCCAGAAAUAUAAAAUAACGCAUUUACAUCUCGUCCCCCCGCUCGUCCGUCAACUCGCCCAGAGUCCAUUAACAGAGCAAUACGAUUUGAGCUCCGUAGUCAGUGCGGGAAGCGGCGCCGCGUAUCUCCCUCCAGAUGUGGCAUACCAACUGGCUAAGAAACUGCCGCAAGGAGCUGCGACACCGAUUCCCAGCGGCUACGGACUCAGCGAGGCGGCUAGCAUCGCGAGUCCGGGUGUCCACGGGAUUUUUGGGCUGGAGCCUGCGUUGCCGGGUACGAUUGGGUAUUUACUAUCGGGUAUGUCUGCACGAGUUGUUGAUCCUGAGACUCUGAAAGAUGUACCUAAGAGUGAAAAGGGAGAACUCUGGGCAAGAGGAGCGGUAGUGACGCCGGGGUACUUUAAAGAUGCAAAGGCGACGGCUGAGUUGUUUGCGGAGCCCGGGUGGCUGCGGACGGGGGAUUUGGUUAUGCGGGAUGAGUGGGAUCGGAUUCACUAUCUUGAUCGGAUUAAGGAGAUGAUUAAGGUGAAGGGGUUGCAGGUUGCGGCGACGGAGGUGGAGGAUACGUUGCUGGAUCAUCCGGAGGGGCUUGUAAGGGAUGCGUGUGUUGCGGGGGUUGAUAAUGGGAGAGGUGAUGGGUCGUUGUUUGUUCGUGCGUGGAUUGUUCUUACGGCAGAAGGGGUGAAGCAAGAGGAGGAAGAGGUAGCGAGGAAGCUGCAUGAAUGGGUCCAAGAAAGACUGAGUCGGCAUAAGUGGUUGACUGGUGGGAUUGAGGUGGUUGAUUCGAUACCUAGGACACCAUCGGGUAAGAUGCUGAGACGUGAGAUGAGGGAUCGAUAUCAUGAACGGAUGAAGAAAAGUGGGGGGGCUAAGCUAUGA